CCCACCCCACCGAGAUGGAGCUGCCCCAGCCGGAGCCCGCGGCAGCCUCGACUCUCAGUCCGGCCGGUGUGCGCGGUGACGCCCAGCGUCCCGGCCACCUCCCGGGCCUCCGGCUGGGGGCUCAUGGCCUCCUGGGGUCUCCGAAGCGCGCCGCCGCUUCCUCGCCGGUCACCACCCUCACCCAGACCAUGCACGACCUCGCCGGGCUCGGCAGCGAGACCCCAAAGAGUCAGGUAGGCAGCCUGCUCACAUGCCUAUCCCUGUCCCGUCGGGCGUCUGAAUCCUCCCUGUCGUCUGAGUCCUCUGAAUCUUCUGAUGCAGGUCUGUGCAUGGACUCUCCCAGCCCUAUGGACCCCCAGGUGGUGGAGCAGACAUUUGAACAGGCCAUCCAGGCAGCCAGCCGAGUUAUUCGAAAUGAGCAGUUUUCUAUCCGACGCUUCCAGUCCUUGCCGGGGAGGCUUCUGGGCCACAGCCCUGUGCUACGGAACAUCACGAACUCCCAAGCGCCUGGCACCUGGAGGAAGAGUGAAGCAUGUGGCCGAGCUGCCCACAGCUCUAGGGAGGACAAAGAGAAUGAUGGAUUUGUCUUCAAGAUGCCGGGGAAGCCCACACAUCCCAGCCACACCCAUGCCCUGGCAGAGUGGGCCAGCCGCAGAGAAGCCUUUGCCCAGAGGCCAAGCUCGGCUCCCGACCUGAUGUGUCUCACCCCUGAGCGGAAGAUGGAAGUAGAGGAACUGACUCCCCUGGCCCGAUGCUGCUUCUCCCUGACCCCAACCAAGGGGGCUGCCGAGGAAGAUGAUGGAUUCGUGGAUAUCCUGGAGAGUGACUUAAAGGAGGAUGAUGUAGUCCCCCCAGGCAUGGAGAGCCUCAUUAGUGCCCCGCUGGUCAAGACCUCAGAAAAGGAAAAGGAGCAGGACCUCAUCAUGUACAGCAAGUGCCAGCGGCUCUUCCGCUCUCCGUCCAUGCCCUGCAGCGUGAUCCGGCCCAUCCUCAAGAGGCUGGAGCGGCCCCAGGACAGGGACCUGCCCAUACAGAGCAAGCGGAGACGGAGCGUGACCCCUCCAGAGGAGGAGCAGCGGGAGGCUGAGGAACCCAAAGCCCGCGUUCUCCGCUCAAAGUCCUUGUGUCAUGACGAGAUUGAGAACAUCCUGGACAGUGACCACCGAGAACUGAUCGGGGAUUACUCCAAGGCCUUCCUCCUACAGACUGUGGAUGGAAAGCACCAAGACCUCAAGUACAUCUCACCAGAAACGAUGGUGGCCCUGCUGACAGGCAAGUUCAGCAACAUCGUGGAGAGGUUUGUGAUUGUGGACUGCAGAUACCCCUACGAGUAUGAAGGCGGGCACAUCAAGACUGCUGUGAACCUGCCUCUGGAAAGGGAUGCUGAGACCUUCCUGCUACAGAGCCCCAUCACACCCUGUAGCCUGGACAAGAGAAUCAUCCUCGUUUUCCACUGUGAAUUUUCAUCUGAGCGGGGGCCCCGCAUGUGCCGUUUCAUCCGGGAACGGGACAGAGCCUCCAACGACUACCCCAGCCUCUACUAUCCUGAGAUGUAUAUCCUCAAAGGCGGCUACAAGGAGUUCUUCCCACAGCACCCGACCUUUUGUGAGCCUCAGGACUACCGGCCCAUGAACCAUGAGGCCUUCAAGGAUGAGCUGAAGACCUUCCGCCUCAAGACGCGUAGCUGGGCUGGCGAGCGGAGCCGGCGGGAGCUCUGCAGCCGCCUGCAGGACCAGUGAAGUGCUGGCAACUGUCCCACCCGCCUUUCUUGCUUUGUGCGGCCUGGGCGUCAGCUGCCCGGUGGCUUACAGGGCUGAGGGUCUGCUGUCUGGGCGAAAGACGGUGAGGGUGUCCUGUCUGUCUGCCCCAGUGCUGAUCCCCUGUCUCACUCCAGUCGUACUCCAUAUCCUGGUGACACCCACGCCCCCACCCCUGGCACCCCUGGAAGAGCCCAGCCUGCUGACUUAGUGAAAUUGGAUUAAGUCUAGUUCAAAGGAAGUAUUUUGUGUCUAGCAGGAGCCUUUUCUUCUUUUUUUUUCUUUAUUGUUUGAGUUAACCCUUUGUCUUCCUGUAUCCAGAAAAGCCCCCUUUUUUCUAGGGGCUUUGUUUGUAUGUAUGAGGCUGAGAGAAAGCUACAGCCCCCUAGGAUGGGCCACAGCUGUACUCCUCCCUGCCCUAGGAGUCAGCACUGUGCCCCAGGCCCUCGACAGCACUCCUGAGUGUGUGCGCCAUGUUCCCCUUUCUCUUUUCCUCUUUCCUGUCCCUCCAUAUGAACACCUCCAGCACAGACAUGAGCUCUUACUCUUUCCUGUUUCAGUGUUAUCUGUAUGCUUGAUUUGUCUUUUUUUUUUUUUUUUUGCCCAUCUCAGGAUAG